UCCCGGGUCUCGCCUUUUUCUCCUUCCGCACUGUCCGGGUUUCCGCUUCCCUCCCGGGCGCGGGGUGAGGGAGCGGGGCCGCGCCUAGUUCCCGGCCGCUGCCGCCAUGUGGCCCCCAGACCACGAACCCGACCCGGACCCUGACCCGGCCCCGGCGCGCGCCGGACGCUCUCCGCAGGGCGCGGCGAUGCCCGGGCUCCGCGCCCUCCUGCCGGCGCGCGCCUACCUCUGCUCGCUCAAAGGCCGCCUCCUACUGGCAGAGUCGGGUCUGUCGUUCAUCACCUUUGUCUGCUAUGUGGCGUCCUCUGCAUCCGCCUUCCUCGCUGCACCCCUGCUGGAGUUCCUGCUGGCCCUCUACUUCCUCUUUGCUGAUGCCAUGCAGCUGAAUGACAAGUGGCAGGGCUUGUGCUGGCCCAUGAUGGACUUCCUGCGCUGCAUCACGGCAGCCCUCAUCUACUUCGCCAUCUCCAUCACCGCUGUCGCCAAGUACUCGGAUGGGGCUUCCAAAGCAGCUGGGGUGUUUGGUUUCUUUGCCACCAUCGUGUUUGCAAUUGACUUCUAUCUGAUCUUUAAUGACGUGGCCAAAUUUCUCAAACAAGGGGACUCCGCGGACGAGAACGCAGCUGACAAGGCAGAAGAAGAGAAUUCUGACUCUGACUCCGACUGAAGGCCUGCCCUGCCCUGGCAACCUGGGCCUCACGGGCCUUGACUGCUGCCCCUUCUGACCAGGACAGCCAGGACGUGGUCAGGGGACCGUGCGUGUUGGGAGAGAGGCUGUGACUUCAGCAGCAGUGGGAGUUGCUGACGGAGCUGGCCUCCUCACAACCCCAAGGUGACGUUCCCUAGCCCAGCUUACAGACUGGCACCCCUUGGCUUAGCCCCGUCCAACUGCUCCACACACAGGGGCUUCGUGAAUAUUCCUCUUCUCAUUCCUGCCCUGCAGAACUUAAGCCUUGUAACCUCCCUGCCAAAAAUAAGCACAAGGGAUAGAGCUGAUGGAGCCUUGUUACAGGAAGCAUUUCAUGCUGCAAGGCUGGCGGGGGGGUGGGGGUGGGGGUAGAUGUAGGACAGAAGCCACCACAAGACCAACCUGCUGGGCCCCCGGGGGUUUGGUCUGCAUCUGGUGUCCCAGUCACGAAAGGCACUUUGUGGAGAAUGAUCCUUCUAAGAUUCUUUUGUUCAAGGAGUACCAGCUGCUUCUUUUUUUUAAUGUUUAUUUUUGAGACAGAGACAGAGCAUGAGCAGGGGAGGGGCAGAGAGGAGGCAG